UAACUUAGUCAAACUGGCUCUCACACACACACACACACACACUCUGAACACACACUCUGCAGCGACUUCACCCCGGGAACCAGGAUCCUCCUGCACGCCACAGUUUUUCCUUCUCUGCUUUUUCACCAUCCAUUCAUCACAUCUCAGAGUUUCUUCUUCUUCUUCUUCUUCUUCUUCUCUUGUUGUUUUUUCUUUUCUUUCUUUCUUGUGACGCCUCCACAUUUUCCAGCCAUCUGUCCCUGACAAAAAAGAUAAGGAUUACUCAUUUUCUCUCUCGGCGUUGAGUUUUUUUUCUCUCUCUCUUUUUUGUCCUCCUCUCGCUCGGUUCUUUACAGCUUUUUUCCCUCCGGUUUUUCGCAGGUGGACUGUGAGCCGAGCUGAACUUUGCAGCUUCCAAACUUCUGAGGAGAGAACAACAAAGAAGAGAGACAAAGACGAGAGGAGAGAGAGAAGGCUGACGACGGAGGAAGACUUUUCUUUCUUCAUCCAGGACUGAAUUUUUGCUGAACGCUGUUGGCCAAAACUCGACUUUCUUCAUCUUUUCUGGCUCCUUCUGUGCAUCUGCAUCCAGCAGCAUCACCAAAUCCAAUCCGGCGGCCAAUCAGAUGACUCCUGCCGUCAUGUCUGCGUUACCUCUGCUCAGCUGGACCGUCCUGCUCCUGGUCCAGAGCUGCGGCUCGUCCUCGGACCCGGCGUCCAGACUCCAGCCUCCGCCGCUUUCUCUGACCGUCCACCCUCACCGCCAGCCGGUGCCGGACGCCGCCUCCAGCUCCCACUGCCCCUCCUGCGCCCUGGCCAGGAUGAGGAGAAACGAAGGGGGCACGGCAGCGGCGGACGACAUGGCGGGACAUGACCAAGAGGAGGAGGCGGCUCAGCAGGACGUGGUGGAGGCGGUGAAGAGGCACAUCCUGAACAUGCUGCACCUCCAAGCCCGGCCCAACAUCACCCGGCCCGUGCCGCGCGCCGCGCUCCUCAACGCCCUGCGCAAGCUCCACGUGGGGCGAGUGGCGGAGGACGGCAGCGUGCAGAUUGAGGGGGAGGAGGAGGCGCGAGGGCGGGGAGGCCGAGGAGGAGGGGGAGGAGCAACGGUGGCGGCGGCGGCCCGGGCCGGAGAAGGUGGCGACUCACAGGAGACGACGGAGAUCAUCACCUUCGCUGAGGCUGGUGAGUCUCAGGGCACGGUGAACUUCGUCCUGUCUAAAGAAGGAGGUGAUCUUUCUCUGGUGGAGCAGGCCAAUGUCUGGCUCUUCCUCCGUUUGGCCAAGACCAAUCGCAGCCGAGCCAAAGUCACCAUCCGCCUCUUCCAGCAGCGCCGGCUUCCCAGCGGACGUGCAUCGUUGCCGCAGGACGACGUCCUCCUGGCUGAGAAAACCGUGGACACGCGUCGUAGCGGCUGGCACACCUUCUCGGUGUCGGCGGCGGUGCAGGCGCUGCUGGAGAACACCGAGGGCACGACGCUGAGCCUCAGGGUGUCCUGUCCGCUCUGCGCUGACGCCGGCGCAACGCUCGUCCUGGUCUCUGGCGGCCCGGAGACGUCGCAGCGCGCCAACCAGCGGGAACAGUCCCACCGGCCCUUCCUCAUGGCCGUGGUCCGUCAGGAAGAUGGCAGCGACUCACGGCGGCGCAGGAAGCGCGGGCUGGAGUGUGACGGGAAGGUCCGCGUGUGCUGCAAGCGGCAGUUCUACGUCAACUUCAAAGACAUCGGCUGGAACGACUGGAUAAUCGCGCCUCCCGGUUACCACGCCAACUACUGCGAGGGGGAGUGCCCCUCCCACGUGGCGAGCAUCACCGGGUCCACGUUGUCCUUCCACUCCACCGUCAUCAGCCACUACCGCAUGAGGGGCUACAGCCCCUUCCAGAACCUGAGGUCGUGCUGCGUGCCCACCCGGCUACGAGCCAUGUCCAUGCUCUACUACAACGAGGAGCAAAAGAUCAUCAAGAAGGACAUCCAGAACAUGAUCGUGGAGGAGUGCGGCUGCUCGUAAACGUAAAAACCUGAACCGGAUCGGUCCGGAACAAACUGGACUGGUGAGGACCAGAGAGAGAGAGAUGGAGGGAGGAGAGAAGGAUGAACCGGCGACUUCAUGAUCAUCUUCAGCGCUCCGUUCUUCAGCCCGUCCUCCCUCCAUCCCUCCGUCGCUCUGGGUCGCUCUCCGGAGUGAAAACUCUUCUCCGGCCUCAUCCGGCAGAACUCAGAAAGAGUCUCGACGGCACUUUCAGAAAAAAAGAAGAAAAAAGAUAGAAAAAAAGAAUAUCUAAUAUAUUUUUGUUACAAGGAGGGAGCGAGGCUUAUUUAUGUGUCUGAGACGUUCAAGCACCACUCGACCUGUCAGAUCUCGGAGAAACGAGGUGCCUGAAAAACUACUAACAAAAAUCUCAAAACUAUGCAACUUGUUUCACGUAUAAUGAUCUUAUUGUAUUUUACUUUGUCUUGUUUUUUUGUUUCCCAACUGUUUACUUUUUCAAAAUGAACGAGGAAGAAAGAAGAAGACUCUUUUGUAUUAUGUUUUGGAAGUAUAAAGUUGCGAUUUGUGGUUGUGUGUGUGCGUGUGUGUGUGUGUGUGUGUGGUUGUAUGAGUGUGUGUGUUGAGAGAUACUUGAAAGAAACAAGUUGGCCCAGCUGCUGGAACCAAACACUUCUUUAUGUUACCAUGGUUACCAUGUUGAUGUUAUAAUUAUUAUUGUCAGUAAGUAUAUUAAUAAUAUUAUUGUUAUUGUUGUUAAUAAUAUUUGUUUUGGCUGCGUUUGUGUUAUAAUGUGUGUGGUUUUUUUUAAGAACUGUUACAAGCGUUUUCAUUUUUUGCACUAUAGCGACACUCGUGCUCAGAUCAGCCAGACUGAAGAGACCCUCAGACCCUCAGAGAGGACAGACCGGAGCUUCCGGUUCAGGGCGGUUUGACCCGCCCGAUAAGACGGAGUGUCAUCGGCGUCCUAAGUCGCUCCGCUUGAGGCAAACAGAAAACACACAACAUGUGUCACCUGUAGGUUUCUGCCAGAAAAUCUCAAAGUUGGUGCACACCGUGGCUGAGUGUGAUAGGCUGAGCCAUCUGUCAGUCAAAAUAACACACCCCCUUCAUUUUGAAGUAGUAGGGCUGUAGCCUGGAGGUCAGGAGUCGGUGGAAACCACACUGACACACUAAAGGAAAACCUAUAAAAUCACUAAACUCCACUAUUUGGAUUUUCAUGUUUUUCUUAAAUGUGUAAACUGUUAGAUCACAUUGUAACGCACAUUUUAUUUCCAACAUGAAGGUCGAAGUGUUCCCAAACUGCCAGAAAUAAAAAUCUGAUUAGCAGAAAUACUGCCUACCUUUUAUUUAUUUUUGUUGGCGUGAAAGUGUUCAGGUUGUAAAAGAAGCCUGAAGUCGGCCCACUGUGUGUGUUUCCAGAUGUUCGAUGUGAACUCCCUCCCAGGAAAGCACAGAGGACUCAGUGGGUGCUGCAGCCCUGCUUCAGACCCUCUGAAGUGAAUCCUCCACCGAUACUGAGAGCUAGAGAUCGUCAGGAAAAUGCAGAUUUAUUCAGUGUUUGUGGAGAGAAGUUGGAGGUUUUCCCAUUCACUGCAGGUUUAGAAACUUCACCUGUGGAGGCUUGUGAUUGGACGAGCAAACAGCUAACAUGUUGGUGAUACGUAGCGAUGCUAGCAUGUCGCUGAGCACUGAACACUAGCAGCUAUGGAUGAAACACUUCACGUCUGUAUGAAGCUACAUGUUUGAACAGUUCGAAAAUGAGCGUGUGGGACUUUAAUACCAUGAGUGAUCCCCAACCAACGAAAGGCAGCAGUGAGAAAGUGCCCCCCCCCCUCCGUCUGUCAGAUGCUACGAGCGCUUUUGUUGACGAGGAGAAUAAAAAGCACUUAGAAAUAAAAACUGUAAAUGGACUUUUCUGGGAUGGAUUUGUAAAAACGAGAGACGUCUCAGCUCUGAUGAGUUCAGCGGCGGCCAUCUCUGGUCCUGUCAGCCUAAACAUUUAGCGACAGCUAGCCCACUGCUAAACCUGCUAAUGUCCAAGAAGCACAGCAAAAGGAACAAAAACACAGAUUUAAAGCACAAGAACAAGCCCUUUAAAACAGCGGCUCCAUCUUUGCCUCACAGUGUUGUACUGAAGGUGAUCAAACUGUUUGAUUAUACACUGCAGUGAAAAACAUCCUUUAUUUCCCUCUUCAGUCCAGAUUUAGGGUUAGCGUCACCAGUUUUAAGGGAUUAUUCACAGAAGCUCAAUCAGUUAAAGAUGAAAGUGACACUUUAUUUACAUCGGAUUAGCUGAAGUUGAAUCAGAGUGUAAACCUGCGCCGAGCGUCCACGAAUCAACGCGUGAACGAGCUGUGAGAGCUGGAUUUACUGCAGGAAGUGACGGUUUACUGCAGGAAGUGACGGUUUACUGCAGGAAGUGACGGUUUACUGCAGGAAGUGAUGGAAGUGUUUCUCUCUGCUGUCUUUUUCCCAGAGUUCACAGUAAAACACGGCGGUUUCUGUUCUGGAAUAAACAUCCAGUUGUAGUUUGCUUUAGCACACCAAAGAGUUGAGUUUGUGCACUUGUCUGACUGAGAGAUAAAACCGCUAGAGUUACGUUGUGACGCUGAAAAAGCUGAUUUAUGCAGAAAAUUCACAGAUCAGAAAUCUGUGGAAAUGUGGCGUCGUUCAUCUUAAAAGCUGAACUUGUGUUCAUACAGAGGGUUGGCUGAUGUUUUAUUUAUGCUUCAUAGUGUUUGUUUCAGGUUAAUUCAGUUUUUUUUGUUUUUUUUUAUGAAAUUGUGAUGUUUGUGUCACCCCUUCUCUCCUCUCCCUGCACAUCGAGAACUCCAUUUCCCACAAUGCAUCAGAAACUGAAAAAGACAAUCCACAGUCGCCUUGUUCUGGUUUUGGGAGAAAACAAACGUCCAAUCAGACGUGGUCGUUUCUGUGUCUAUGUGUUUAUAUCAGUAUUGUCCACGUGUUCACCAAAAGUUUGGAGUAUUGGUUUUAACGAAGUCACACGUGUUGCGUUCGUGUUUUUCUUUUCGUUUUAUUGUCUUAGAGGAGAGUGGACUCUUCUUCUUCUGGACUUUGAGGGACAAACUCAUCGUCCGUCCUGCGUGCACACGGACACAUACGAAACGUCAGUGCAGAAAAAAAGCCUAAAAAAAGAAGCGGUUGUGUUUGUUCAGAUUUUGUUCUUUUUAUCAAGACAAAAAAUACUGACGCUGAACGAAGUGGAGAAUAAAAAGUCUAUUUUUUAUUCUGUAUAUAUGGAAAUCAAGAUUCCAGUGUGUUGCAUUGCUUUGUUGUACAAAUCAAAUGUGCUUGUGGCAUUUUUCUAAUCUAAUUUAUUUUAUGGUCUUGUUUUGUUUUUCUGCUUCACCAUUAAA